AUGUCUAUCAAAGCCAUCAAUUCUUCAGAGUAAGAAGUUGGUCGCAAUAUUAGAAGUUCAAAAAAGAAAUAUCUAUGGAAAUUCUCAAUAGAUGAUGCUGAUUAAGAAAUUGUGCUUUUGAUUUCUUCUCUUUCGGGCAAAAAAGAAGUUAGACACAAUGGAAGACUGAUUUAUUAAGAAUCUAGUCUUUUUUGUGAAUUCAGAUACCUUCAUAAACUAUAAAACUGCCUUGUAACCAUUGCCCCUAGGCAUGAUUCAUAUCAACUUUACCUGAACAAUAUUCCUUUUGCUCGAUAUUUCAAUGAUGGCAAUUCAGAUUAAAAUGAAAAUCCUAAAAAUGGAACUUUUAACAACGAUGAUCCUGAUGGGGUUUAUACGAGUUCUUUAAAGGAGUCUGAACAACAAUAAUCGAAUUUUCAAUAGCCCUUGUAGAAGUUUAGACUAAGUGUGCCCAAUAAGAUAACAAAUAAUAAUUAAAACAAAACAGAAAGCAAAUAAUAAGAAAUAUUUUGGAAUUAAGGAGUUAAUCAAGACUUUGCUGAUUUUGGUACUACAUAAACUAAAGGAACAGACAAUAAUUUUGGGAAUUUUGGUUUCACUUUUGAUACCCCAUAAAAAGAAAUAAAAAAUACAAAUUCAUAAGUAGCAUAACUAAAUAAUCAAAAAUAGAAUGAAAAACCAAAUCCUUUCUUUGAAUUUGGUUAGAAUUCUUGGUCAGCUCCUUAAAAUAAUAGCAAUUAUGGUUUCAUCUAAUAACCCUCUCAAGUUUAGGUUUAAUAGACAAAAUUAUUUACUUCAGAUAUUAAACCUCAAACUAAAACAGAAUAGCAAGUCAACAAUACACCUUAACCAUUAAAUUAAACAAAUCAAUAUAUUUUAUAUAAUUAAUCCAAUUUAACAAAUCAAUAAUAAUAAUACAUACAGCUUCAAUUAUAAUAAUAAUAAUAUAACUACCAAUAAUAAUAACUAGUCAACUCAUCAACCAUCAAACCCUAAAUAUCGUCAUAAAGUGAUUUAUUGGAUUUUUUUGAAUGUAAUUAGCCUACACAAAAUACGAUUAAUUAUUCAAAUUAACAAUAAGAAUUAAAAAAGAGCCACUCUUAAGCAGUUAUUAUGCCUCUUUAAGUUUAAUCUUAGAGUACACAAAUGAUUUUUUAAAGUUAUCAAAAUCCAAUCUAACAAAACGCAUUUUAAAACAUAUAAAAUUAUUAGUUCAAAUCCUCAUUUCAACAAUAGUUUUAAUCUACUUACCAAAAUUAGAGAACAACACAAUCAUUAACUCCUCUAACAUCCUCAUUUUAAUAAACAAAAAGGUAGAUGCCAAAAGAACUCGAAGACAUGUUUGAUCAGCCUAUGUAACCUAUUUAGCCUCCGUUAUAGAAAAGAUCAACUCCUUUUGAUGAUGAUCUAUUUACCUGA